UACAAUGUAGCUAGGUUGGUUCUUCCUACUCCCCUUACGUAGGUAUUAGUUUAAUACAUAGAUAAGUUAGCGAGAUAUUAAUUUAUUAAUAUUUGUACAGUUAAUACUUUAAAUUAGUGCACACAAAGCAUGCGAAGGGUGACGCUUUUUGUCAACGGAACCUCCAAAAAUGGCAAGGUUGUAGCCGUCUAUGGGACUCUGCCUGAUCUUUUGACAGUCGCCAGCAAUAAAUUGGGAAUCAGGGCUUGUAACCUAUAUAAUGGGAAAGGUGGUCUUAUAGAUGACAUUGCGCUUAUCAGAGAUGAUGAUGUGCUAUAUGUGUCAGAAGGAGACGCUUUCAUCGAUCCUCAGAGCGAUGGGAAAUUGUCAGACGACAUCUCGGGAUCACACACUGAUUGGCUGACGCUGAAUAUUGGUGGGCGCCAUUUCACAACCACUAGGAGUACUCUUGUGAGUAAGGAGCCUGACAGCAUGCUAGCACACAUGUUCAGAGAGAAGGAUGUAUGGGGCAAUAAGCAGGACGAACGAGGGGCUUACCUCAUUGAUCGAAGCCCAGAGUACUUUGAGCCCAUCCUGAACUACCUGAGGCAUGGCCAGAUCAUUGUCAAUGAAGGAAUCAACUUACUCGGAGUACUAGAAGAAGCUCGAUUCUUUGGGAUAGAGCAACUGGCAGAGCAACUAGAAGUCACCAUUAAGAAUUCUCAUCCACCCGAAGACCACUCUCCACUCUCACGGAAGGAAUUUGUUCGUUUUCUGCUGGCGACACCAACCAAAUCGGAGCUUCGCUGUCAGGGUCUUAAUUUCAGUGGAGCGGACCUUUCUCGGCUGGAUUUGCGCUAUAUUAAUUUUAAAAUGGCAAAUCUGAGUCGCUGCAAUCUCACCUAUGCAAACAUGUGCUGCUCAAACCUGGAGAGAGCGGACCUUUCCGGAGCCAACCUGGAUGGUGCUAAUCUUCAGGGCGUGAAGAUGCUCUGCUCCAACGCGGAGGGAGCGUCUCUUAAAGGAUGUAACUUUGAGGAUCCCUCUGGGCUCAAGGCCAAUCUAGAGGGGGCUAAUCUAAAAGGAGUUGACAUGGAGGGCAGUCAGAUGACUGGUAUUAAUCUGCGUGUGGCUACGCUGAAGAAUGCCAAGCUGAAGAACUGUAACCUGCGAGGAGCUACAUUAGCCGGCACAGAUCUUGAGAACUGCGAUCUCUCAGGCUGUGAUCUACAGGAAGCGAAUCUGCGUGGUUCGAAUGUGAAAGGAGCCAUCUUUGAGGAGAUGCUGACUCCGCUCCACAUGUCCCAAAGUGUGAGAUAACCAAUUACAUCGGUUCCUGCCCAGAAACCUCACCAGCCAGCUAUUCCCAGCACUCCCUCACCCCCGACCCCCUUUAAGUUUCACGCUCCCGUGGAACCGUAUGCAACACUAGCACUUGGUUUGCCCACCUCUAAUCUUUGAGCUUUACUCUCAUGCACUAGAGCACAUCCAGGGUCUGUAGUCAUGGCCAACGUAGCGAAAGCUGACCGUAGAGAUUCCAAAUAUUUGUCAAACCAAACUUAUUGCUUUUGGUUUUGUUUUUAUGUAUGCUUUGUGUUGAACUAUUGUUCGAUUUUACUGAAUGUAUCGUUUCAUGUUGUGUUUUGUCUCAAAUAAUGAAGUCAACAUUUCAAUCAAUCAGUACAACCAAAUAUGUCUAUCGAAUUUAAGAUUUAUCAAUGAAUUUAUAGGAGGCUUAUUGUUGCACAGCUUAUCGCAGGCGAAACAAACCCAUAUAAUAGUAGCCUUUUGUAUAUAUACCUUAAACAUCUCAUAACUGACAGUUCUGGUGUCAAAUAUGCAACAUAAAUAUAUAGCUCUUAUAUAUUCUGUUUUUACAUUUAUACAUAAACGAUAUUAAUUUUUCGAUUUGCCAUUUGUUGAUCUACCUCCCAUAUAACCUGUUCUUGUUUUCAGCCAUUUGUAGUUAUUAAAUCCAUGCAGUCAGACAGACUUCAACCAAAUGCAAACCACAUUUUGCUGCGUUCUUGCAAAAUUUAAUUUUUGAUAACUGUGUAAUAACACUUAGCCAUAGGUUAAUAUGCACAAUAAUUAACCAGUGGUGCCAAUAUGCUAUUUUAAUCAUAUCAUUUUAUAAUAUGUGGAAAUGGUAUGCUUUUUGCUUUUCUCCAUUUUUUAUUUUUCAUUGAAAUGUGACCAACCCACACCAAAAAUUUUAAUGGGAUGUUUGUCGGGUCAUUAUCAAAUCCAGUGCUUCCUUAUAAUGUUUAUCAUGAUAUAUAACGGUCACACUUUACAAUAAGGUUUCAUUAGUUAACUAGUUAACGUAAACUAAGAAUAAACAAAACAUUUAUUAAUCUUAGUUAAUGUUCACUUUACCAUUUACUAAUACAUUAUUAUAUCUGUUAACUUAAGUUAAUGCACUGAACAAACAAUGAGUAUUUUUAUGAACUAACAUUAACAAAGAUUGUAUUGCUAACAAAUGAGAGCAAUACAAUGUUAACAAAUGAGACCUUAUUGUAAAGUGUUUCCGAUAUAAAAUAUGCUCAUCAAUCCCACUGUCCGACUUUUUGUGUGUUUGUGUCCAGAAGUUCUGUGUAGUGAGAAGUAGCACAUUUAUAAAAUGAUGCUCAGAUUAUUUGCUGCAUGGUUAAAUGAAAACCUAAACAUCUCGGUCAGAGAUUUCUGACUUUUCAGUGUUUUUUUUGUUAUAAAACAUGCUGUUGAUUUUCAUUGACAAAUGGUAUUGUUGGUACUCUGUCAAUCCUGUUAAAUGAAGGCAAUCAAAAUAGACUUUUGCACUUUAAGUGUGAUCUCUAUGUAUAUCAGACCCUUAUGGAAAGGGUGCAAGCUAUUUAUUUAUGUAUCAGGCUGUAUUUAUGUAAGUGGUGGAGGGGAGGAUCUAUCAGUUCUCUCUUUACCAAACCCUGUUGCACUCUAUUACGGAAGUGUGCUUCCAUAAAUAGACUGUUUUAAUCAAA